AUGACGCUCCGGGGGUCGGCACCAGUGCACGCGCACCGGGGCACCGACCAUCAUCAUUGUCGUGCGGUGGUGGAGGAUGAUGCAUACCAUGCCCUGCCACUGCGCCACACAGUGGCGGAGGAGGCAUGGAGUGGCAGAGAGUCGAAGCGUCUCCAGCGUCGCCGUCUCGUCCAGGGCCCUGGUCUCGUCCCUGUUAUCCCUGCCCCGCCCGACGCUGUGUCCAUCUCGGCAAGAAAUCUCAGGCAGGAAAAGACAAUCAAGAUCAGCAGGCAGGAUAGCAAAAGUUUGCUAGCAUCUGAGGGAUUAAUGGAUUGGAAACAUCUUAGUGAGAAGCUCAAAUUACAUGAGAACGGUGUUGAGCAUAUCACUAACAUGAAUACUUGGAAUGAGGUGCGGUUGAGGCUAAGUAAGAAGGAAACAAUUGAUAAAGUUUUGCAAGAAGAGAUUGGAAGGGAGAAGCAGCGAUGGAGACAAAAAUUAUAUCAAGAUAACAAUGGGAACUUUUUGGGAGUAAUUGAAAUGAUGGCAGAAUUUGAUCCUGUAAUGCAAGAGCAUCUUCGGCGCAUUCAGAAUAAUGAAAUCCAUCAUCAUUAUCUUGGCCAUAAUAUACAGAAUGAGUUAAUUUCCCAUCUUGCUCGCAGUGCUGUUGGUUUGAAUGUUCAAGAUGUACGUGGACAAGGGUAUGACAAUGGUUCAAACAUGAAGGGAAAAAACCAAGGGGUACAGAGCAGAUUGCUUGCAACUAAUCCAAGAGCAUUGUACAUGUUGUGUGCUUGUCACAGCCUGAAUCUUACUCUGAGUAAGAAAUUGCAGUCUAAAUUCGUGUGUAUUGAUGUUACUCUUAAACAGAUUGAAGGUGCCAUCUCUUAUUUUGAGAAGUACAGAAAUGAAGGCUUUUCCGCGGAUGUUGAUUUAGAUGAUUUUGUUUCUGAACUAAAAGUAUUGCAGAUGACAUUGCCACACACACUCAUGUUAGCGGAUCAGAUAUUUGAGUUUGUUAGAGCUGCGGAAUGUUAUCCAAAUGUCUCAAUUGCUUAUCGUAUCCUCUUGACCGUACCUGUCACUGUUGCAUCAGCUGAACGGAGUUUCUCAGAAUUGAAAUUACUGAAAAAUUAUUUGAGGUCAACCAUGUCCCAAGAGAGAUUGAAUGGUUUGGCCAUGUGCUGCAUCGAGAGGAAUAUGUUGGACAUCAUUGAUCUUGACAUUGUCAUAGAUGAUUUUGCAUCAACAAAUGCACGGAAGUCUCGCUUCUCAUGA